AUGGAUUCAGAUAUGUGGGGUAUCAUGACUUUAAGGGAGAAGGUUCAGGAGUUGGGAUAUAAGAAAGAGGACAGGAGUUUUGCUGGGGAUGAUUCUGGUGGAGGGAGUUCUGCUGGGGAAGAUUCUGAUUGGGAAACUGGAGAGUAUGGUGAACAUUUAGAGGACUUUGAAGACAGUGAUUAUGAGCAGUGCAGAGUUGAUGACCAGGAAUUUAUCAAAUUCACAUAUCCAAAUGUUGAGUAUGUAGGAGAUGGAGGUCUGGAAAUUGCUACACAGUCAACUGGAGAACAUAACCCUAUAGUUGAGGAGGUUAAUUUAUCUGAUGGUCCUAUUCCAGAGAAUGAAACUACAGCUAUAGUACAUAUAGGAGAAUCAGUUAGGCCUAUUCUUCCUCCUCCAAAUUUGCCUUCCCCAUUGUGGCUUGGAAAAUGUUAUGUGAACAAAGAGGCUUUCAAAGUGGAUGUUCACACAUAUGCUGUCCAGUUUGGAAAAGAGCUAAAGUUUAAGAAAAAUGACAAGGUUAGGUGUGUAUCUACAUGUUCCCAAGAGGGAUGUAAAUGGCAGGUAACAUGUAGGAAAGAUUCUGAUGAAGGAAAUUGGAGGGUGAGUGCCUUAAAUGAUGAGCAUUCAGAUUGUCCCUGGGUGAAUGAUAACAGGUUGAUAACUGCAAGAUUAGUUGCAAAGAGGUGGAAAAAACACAUAUCUGGAAACAGUACUUUGAAAAUGAGUGAAUUUAGAGAGACAGUGUGCACAGAGGAUCGACAUUCAAUGAGUAUAAGGCAAGCAUACAAAGCAAUGAAAAUUGCCAAGGCUGAAAUUAAAGGUGAGAUUGAAGACAAUUUCAACAGAAUAUGGAGUUAUAAAUUGGAAAUGGAAAAAACUAACCCCAAUAGCAAGUGCGAAGUCAAAUUAUCUGAUCUUGAAUGUGAGGGAGAUGCUAAUGAAGGAAUAUUUCCAAUUGCAUAUGCAAUAGUGGAAGGAGAGAACAAAGAUUCUUGGUGGUGGUUUUUACAUCUUUUGAAAACGGACCUGCAAAUUGACAAUAUCUCUAAACAUAAAUAUACCUUCAUGUCUGAUAAGCAAAAGGGGCUUAUUCCAGCUUUUGAAGAAGUGUUACCAAUGGUUUCUCAUAGAUUUUGUGUUAGGCAUUUGCAUGCCAACAUGAAGGUAGCUGGCUUUGGAGGAAUGGCAGUUAGGGAUGCAUUAUGGAAAGCUGCUAGGACCACAACUGUACCAACAUUUUCACAGGCCAUGAGGGAGUUAAAAGCAUUAGAUGUACAAGCUUUUGCAUGGUUGGGAGAUAAGCAUCCUUCUACAUGGUCUAGUUCUCAUUUCUCUACAGAUGUGAAGUCUGAUGUCCUUGUUAAUAACUUAUGUGAAUGUUUCAAUGCAAUGAUAUUGGAUGCAAGGGACUCACCACUUAUACAUUGCUUGGAGAUUGUGAGGAAACAUAUUAUGAUGAGGUUAUUUGCAUGUAGACAGCAAGCACUGAAAUGGAAUUCAAAAUUAUGUCCUAAUAUUGCUAAGAAACUUGAAGCCAUUGAGGAACAAGCAGGAGGGUAUUGGGGAAUCCAAAGUACUGCAGUUUUAUUUGAAGUGAAGGGGGCUUAUGACCAACAUCAAGUUGAUUUAUAUGCAAAAACAUGCUCAUGUAGGAAGUGGGAUCUGACCGGUAUACCCUGCAGACAUGUUAUAUGUGUUCUAUAG